GUCAGAGUUUAUUCAUAAUAAAGAAAGCGGUCAACAAUUUGUAAGGCGAAAAAGUUACACGAGAUAUAUUCAGAAAGGUAUCGGCUACGGACAUGGCUCAAUUCGUAGUCGAUGGAAUAUGGAACAAACGGUUGAAGAACGUUUAAUUCGAGAGGAACGUUUAAUUUGGCUCUUAAAUGCUGUAACAGCAUAUAUUUAUUGCGCAUCACCGAAUUUUUCCACCGAUGAGCAUUUGCAUUUCAUUGAUCGUCAUCCGGUUCAUGUCGGUAAACCGGUUAUUCGAGAACUUAGCGAAUCAGCUAUCAUUCCGCUGCUUGAAUAUCAUCUUCAUAAUGAUAGCGUCUUUGAUGUUAGCGAGCAUGUGAAACUAUACCAGGCGCUCCUGGAGACAGCAGCGGCAAUGUCCGUAGUGCCAGCUUUGGUACCAUAUUUGGUGCAUCCAAUUAAUUGUUCUCGUUCAAUUGCUAAAGAUUUAAUGAUGCGAUUCUCGAAAACAAUAGCUUCAUAUCCUAAUUCUUUCAAAGGUCAAAUGGGUUCAUUGGAUUUUAGGUUUCUCAAUUUUAUCACCAAAGUACAACAAUAUUCACAGGUUUUGAUAGCUGCUGCUUAUCGAUAUGAGCAGGAUAUUCCGAUUGAACAACGAGUACGAACUGCGAUAACGAGAACGGAGGAUGAUAAAGCAUUGCUAGUGAGAGAAUAUGAUAAAGAGAUUUGUGCUGAGAAAGAAGAUUUAUCAAUUCUUUAUCACAGAACUAUGAAAAAUAUUCAAGUGCAAACAUUCAGACUCAUUGGUGAUUAUGGUAAACUUAUCGUACCGUUUACAUUCAAGAAGGAAGCCCGUAAUGUGAAUCCAUUCUCAUUAGCAUUGAAAGAGCGAACGAAACGAAUUGCUAAGGAACUUGCAUCAAUGCCGAAUAGUCUGCCACUGAAUGCUAGCAAUAGCAUAUUUGUUUGCUUGGAUGAAGGACGAUGUGAUAUUGUUAAAGUGCUUAUCUCAGGACCAGAUGAUACACCUUAUCAGAAUGGUCUUUUUGAAUUCGAUGUUUUCUUCCCAACAAACUAUCCAUUUUCACCACCAAAAUGUGCUUUUUUAACAACUGGCGAAGGAAAUGUACGCUUCAAUCCAAACCUCUAUAAGGAUGGUAAAAUUUGUUUAUCGAUAUUAGGUACAUGGGAAGGUCGACCAGAGGAGAAAUGGAAUGCGCACUGUUCUCUGUUACAAGUACUUAUUAGCAUUCAGGGUCUGAUAUUUGUGAAGGAUCCUUAUUUUAACGAGCCUGGCUUCGAGAAAUAUCAAGGUACCGAGAAAGGUAAUAAAUAUUCGAAACAUUAUAAUCGUCAGAUCGAAUAUGCAACAUUAACUUAUGCAAUUAGAGAACAAAUUAAAAAUGGUCCUCAUCACUUCAAGGACGUUAUCAAGCGUCAUUUCUGGCUCAAACGUCACAGCGUUAUUGAUCAAGCACAAAAUUGGCUUAGAGAAAUGAGCAAAUAUGCAGUCGAAAUUGAGAAACAACCACGAAAGAAUAUGCUAUUGCCACUUGAAACGACGACUAAUUUCUCUGCACAGGAACGAAUGAUUUAUCAGAUAAUUGAAGAUUUCCGAAAAAUGAGCAACAGUGGUAAGCAAUAUAAGUUCAUUCCAUCUACACUAAUACUUCCAAAGACAGAAGAAUAG